GUUAGUAAUAACAAACGGAUUUUGAAAUCUUUAUAGUUGGAAUUUGCAGACAAAAAGUUCUAUUUUACUAGAGGUUCUCCAAAUGACAUUAGAGGCUAUUGAUCAUAAUCAUAACAAUAAUCAUAACCAUAAUCAUGACCAUGAUCAUGAUCAUGAUCAUGAAGGUGUUGAAAGAAAAAUUGUUUUGGUGGGAAUUGGAUUUGAUGAAUGUGGGAGAGAGCUGCUUGAUUGGGCCAUGGUAGAAGUUGCAGAAAAAGGUGACCGUGUGAUCGCGGUUAAUGUUUGUCGUAAUUCAGAAUAUGUAGCCAAGUAUGAGAGGUUGUUGGAUGAUUAUUUGGCUGAUUUUGAAGGUAUUUGUGAGCACAAACAGGUGGAUCUAACUGGGCAGGUAUUAACAGGAAAUUCAGUAAGAAAAGUUUUGGUCAGAGAAGCAAAGUUUUAUUCUGCAGCUUCUGUGGUUGUUGGGAUCAGCAAGAUCAAGGCUUUUGGUUGUUGCCUUUCAAUUGCCAAAUAUUGUGCCAAGAAGCUACCUUUAGCUACUCAAGUAUUGGCUCUCCAUGAUGGGAAAGUUGUUUUCAAGAGGUUUUCAAAUGGCCUACUUUCAGGGUCAAUGAGAGAUCCAAGGCCAAGUUUCUACUUAAUAGAGAACUCACAUUUGAAAGACACUCAGUCAGAGUUUUGUGAAUCUGAGGCAUCUGAUAUGGGCAGACACAGUUCUGAGUGGGUCAGAAGUUCAAAAGACGAAGAUGUAACUCCGUUCGAGUCGAGGAAAAAAGCUUUGAGCUCGGUUUCUGUUGCACUAGAAGACUUUGCACAUCAACGACCUGGCUGGCCUCUGCUUCGAGCCAACACUGUGUUGACUCCAUCAGCAUUGGAAGCCAAAAAAAUGUCUGUGGUCAAGUGGGUCAUGAACCUCCCAAAUCGGGCUGCACCUGCAGGAACACCGCAGGCUAGGACCCCUUCGUCGUCUAGCAGUGAUAUUAGCCUAAAGAGUUCCGAAUCGGAUUUAAGAUCUGAAUGCAGCAUGUUUACAGACACAAGUAAUGAGAGUGACACGCCUAAGAGCCAUGAGUUGUCUGAAAUCUUCAAUAUUUUACAUAAAACUAACUCGUCGCGCUGCCAAUGGAUUGGGUUUGAUGUACUCAAAGCCUCAACUUCUGACUUUGCAUCCGAGAAUCUGAUAGGGAAAGGUGGUUAUCAUGAUGUAUAUAAAGGGAUAUUUCCUGAUGGAAAAUCAGCUGCUGUCAAGUUCAGGAAGGCAUCAAGAGAAGCAUGGAAAGAUUAUAUCCUCGAAAUCGACAUUAUGACGUCGCUAGAUCACAAGAACAUCACACCGUUGUUAGGGGUGUGCGUGGAGGACGAUAACUUGAUUUCGGUUUAUGAUCUCGUUCCUAGAGGAAAUCUAGAGGACAAUUUACAUGGUGUAAUGAAGGAUAAGUCGGUUUUAUCAUGGGAAACAAGGCUGAAUAUAGCCAUUGGAGUUGCUGAAGCUUUGAACUAUCUGCAUAAAGAAUGUCCGAGGCCGGUUCUUCAUCGCGACAUCAAGUCUUCAAAUAUUCUUCUCUCUGACGAAUUUGAGCCACAGCUAUCGGAUUUUGGGCUUGCGAUAUGGGGACCCACAACUUCGCCGUUCCUGAGUCAUGGUGAUGUAGUUGGAACAUUUGGGUAUCUCGCCCCCGAAUACUUUAUGUAUGGGAAAGUUAGUGAAAAGAUUGAUGUUUAUUCUUUUGGGGUCGUUCUCCUGGAACUACUGACAAGAAAAAGACCAAUCAGCUCGGAUCCUGUGAAAGGGGAAGAUAGUUUGGUUAUGUGGGCAAAACCGAAGCUGGAAAAGGGUGAUCUAGCAAGUGUAUUGGAUGUUGACUUGGACAAAGAAGUUCACAAAGAUCAAAUAGCUCGAAUGGCUCAGGCAGCAACACUUUGUCUCACGCGUUCGGCUAGGAGACGUCCUACCAUGAGCCAGGUUAUAAGAAUACUAAGAGGGGAGCACGAUUUGGAUGAGCGGGUGACCAAAAAUGAUUUGGUGGUGUCAUGUAAUAACGAGGAGGAUGACGACGACGAUGAGGUGAAGAUCAAUUCGGUAACCAAGAAUUAUCCGAGUCAAAGAACAUGGGCCUCGGGCCUGUUUAUGUUUUUAUUUGUGUUUAUGUUAUUAAGUAAUGGGUCGAACAAUUAGUUAUGUUUAUGUAUUUAGGAUUGGGCCGUAGGCCACCAGUUGGGUCGAACAGUUUGUAAAUAUGCAGCCCGAUUAGAAGCCGGAUAUGGAAAAGGGAGUUUGGGCCGAUUAGCGAACCGGUAUGUCUCAUAACCGAAUGGCGGUUAUCUCUGAAACGUCACAACCUUUCUGAAACGUUGUGACUAUUAGACAUGCCUCUUGAUCCCCUAUAAAGCCGCUGCCAAACUCCCCUAUUCAUACGGUUAUCAUUCGGAAGUUAUCAAGUAUAUUCGAACGUGUGUUUAUCAAGUUCAGUUUAUCAUAUUCAAGUUUCAAUUCAGUUA